CGGGCGGAGCCUGCCCCGAGCCUGCGGGGGGCAGCGGCCGAGGCCAGGCCCUUGUGUCGACAGCUCUGCAUCCCUGCCGUCGCCGUUCUUCGUGUCGCCGGGGUGGCGGGCCGACCAGUGGGCGGCCAAGAAAGGCGGCCGCCAUUCCUGUGUCGCUGCGCCCGCGGGGGCCGCCCGAGCCGGCCACCAUGCCGCUGGGCCUGAAGCCCACCUGCAGCGGCUGCAAGACCACGUCGUCCUCCAUGUGGAAGAAGGGCCCGCAGGGGGAGAUCCUCUGCCACCACUGCACGGGCCGGGGCGGCGCGGGCGGCGGGGGCGCCGGCUCGGGGGCGGCCGGCGGAACUGGGGGCAGCGGUGGCGGGAGCUUCGGGACGGCGACCUUCGCCAGCACCUCGGCCGCGCCCCCGCAGAGCAACGGGGGCGGGGGCGGCAAGCAGAGUAAGCAGGAAAUUCACAGGAGGUCUGCGCGGCUCAGAAACACUAAAUACAAAUCUGCUCCAGCUGCUGAAAAGAAAGUUUCUACUAAAGGAAAAGGGAGAAGACAUAUUUUUAAAUUAAAAAAUCCUAUCAAAGCUCCUGAGUCUGUUUCUACCAUAAUCACUGCAGAAUCAAUCUUCCACAAGGGAGUGUAUUACCAAAUUGGUGAUGUUGUUUCUGUGAUUGAUGAACAAGAUGGAAAGCCUUACUAUGCUCAGAUCAGGGGUUUUAUCCAGGACCAAUAUUGUGAAAAGAGUGCAGCCCUGACAUGGCUCAUUCCCACUCUCUCCAGCCCUAGAGACCAGUUUGAUCCUGCAUCCUAUAUCAUAGGGCCAGAGGAAGAUCUUCCAAGGAAGAUGGAAUACUUGGAAUUUGUUUGCCAUGCACCUUCUGAGUAUUUCAAGUCACGGUCAUCACCAUUUCCUACAGUCCCCACCAGACCAGAGAAGGGCUAUAUAUGGACUCAUGUUGGACCUACUCCAGCAAUAACUAUUAAGGAAACAGUUGCCAACCAUUUGUAGUUACAAAAUUAAAACCAGGGCUGAGGAUAUAGCUCAGUGGUAGAGUACUUACUUAGCAUGUUUGAAGCCCUGGGUUUGAUUCCCAGCAUUCAAAAAAAAAAAAAAAAUUAAAACUGGAUUUCCAGUUUUCAUCUAUCAUACUACUAUGAGAUAUACAUGUGUUCCUUUCAUGAAAUUUUUACAUGGAAAAAUGACAAAGUUUUUUCCCCUAAAUACCCAGUAAUCAUUAGCUUGUUUAUUACCUAUUACUUAGAAAAUUACAAGGGAUAGAAAAUAAUGAAAUAUAUUUGAAGGUAAAUAUUACAUUUUGUAUGUAUAUCCUCCCAGGCAAAGGCUACACAGUUUCCUGGGAGACCAUUAGUAACAGGUAUGACUAUUUUUCUUCAUAAUUUAUUGUUAGUAGCUCAUAAAAUGAAUUCUAUUUUUAUAUAAGUAGUAGUUAAGUUUUAGGUUUCUGAUCAAGAGCUUAAAUCAAAUGUAUCUGUGAUCCAUCAAUUGUAUGUGUCAUAAAGCCACACAAAAUGUAUUUCCUCAUCAAGAAAAUGCUGUGACAGACUUCAGACAGCAUUAAUUGUAAGGAGUGAUUCCUAGAUGAUUUUAUUAGCCCAGACUUUUUUUAAACUUUUAUGUGAUUUUUUUGUAGCAAAUGGUUUUUUGAAACCAUUCAGUUGUUCUCAAUAGAGCUGCUCUUCACUGUCUCAUCUACCUUCUCUGUCAAACAGAGACUUAAGGUCAAACCAUAGACUGCAGUGCAGAUGUCACCUUCACUAGAGCACCCAGAAAACCUGUGCUGCUUGGGCAGUCAUAAAAGUGAUUGGUAGGCCAUUAAAUGUCUACCCCAGCUUAAGCCAUCUGCCAUGGACUCCUAAUAGCAUGCUUUGGAAGGUCUGCUGUGUAUGCUUCAAGUGCAAAUCAGUUAAGUAAGGGAGUGACAAAUGUUGGGGGUGUUGGGGGGGAGUGCUUAUCUCCUCUACCCUGAUUUGAUUAUAAUGAUUGUAACUGGCACCUCUCACCCUUACCCUUUUUCUAUACAAUUACUGUUUUAUGUUGAGAACAGGCACUGUAGAUGGCUGUAUGUAUAUGGUCAUCUCUCAGUUCGCAAAAGUUACAGUAAAAUUGAUUGUAAAUAACAUUGAAAAUAGUUUUCUAAAUGCUGAUAGUCAAAACUUUUGGAUUAAAAUGUAUUUUUCACCAUGUA